GAGCCGAAGCUUAAAGAACAGAUUAAAAAAGUAGCUAGCAUGGCUUCACUUACAGCAGUGUGUGAGAUAAUGGAUCGGAAACCUGAAGCGCACCUUGAAUCUCUGCCUUCUGUGGAUGCUCUGAAGAGAUUUAUUUCCUUUUCUCAAUUCAAUGAAGUAUUAAAGAAGCCAUCUUAUAUUGAGGAGAAAAGUAGCUUAUGUGAAGAAACAACAUCUCAAGGAUGGGGGAAGAUUGUUGCACGUUAUGUUUGUGACCAGUGGAUCUGCCUUCGUUUCAUUUUAAAUUCAUUUCCAACAUUGGCUCAAGAGUGUGAAGAAACUUCGGAGAUGUCAUUAUCUAGAGUUGAAAGGUCAAGAAAAAUUUUAGAGUCUGCUUUAGAAGCCCUAACUAUUCUUCCUUCAGACCAAGUUUCACCCGUGUUUGACUGCAUGAAAGUCCUUGUUCCCAAGCUUCUGGACUCAGCGGAGUCUCUGUGCAUAGAAGCGUUUGAUUUGGCUUGGAAAAUUGUAUCUUCAUUGAGCAACACCCAGCUAAUAUUUUGGUCCAAUCUGAAAGCUUUUGUUCAGUUCAUCUUUGAUACUGAGGUUCUAGCUGUUGCUGCAAGUGCAAAGGGUCAAGCAUACGCCAAAAUAAAAGAGAUAAUUUUCAAGCUCAUAGAUAUGUCCGCUACAAAGACUGGAGUCUUCAAUGUAGUCCUUAGUCAUUGUUGUCAAUCUUGGAUAUUUCCCACUGUUGAUGAGAGAAGUGCCUUGACAAAUGCUUUCUUAAAUGCUGGAAAUUAUUGUGAACUUAUCACUGAGGCUUGUGUCUUUGGAACUGUAUUUAGGAGAGAUCAAAGACUUGUUCAGGAUGUGCAUGCCUUCAUAGAAAGUCUUGGAGAAAAAUGUGCAGCAAAUGUUGUUACUGAAAGUACAAAUCGAGAUGAUCACUACGUUCGGGUUUGUGCUAUUAAAUUUCUGUGCUUGUUGGAUGGAUCAAAUAUCUUGCAUAAGGCGUUUAUGGAAGACAUUUUCAUCAAACUACUUGAUAAAGAUGAACUGGUAUCCAGAUCUAGAACACGCUAUUAUGCAAACUCUUUACAGCAUAGAAUUAAAAACCGGGUAUGGCAGACACUCUUAGUUCUUCUUCCAAAGCUUGACCAGAAUUUUUUGUAUGGAAUCCUUGACAAAGUUUUUCAGGCUGGAUUUGCUAACAACCAGGCAUCUGUGAAAUACUUCAUAGAAUGGAUUGUUAUCUUGAGCCUACAUAAAUACCCCCAAUUCCUUAAUAAAUUCUGGGAUUGUUUUUGCUAUGAUGAAGAAAAGCUUAAAACAAGCAUCUGUACAUUCUUAUCAGUGUUAUCACACUUUGACAUCAUUCUUCAAAAUACCUCAGAGAAGAAGCCAGCUUUGAAGAAAGCCAUCAUAGUUGUCCUACAGUGGUGUUUCAACCAUAAUUUCAGUGUUCGACUUUACGCAUUGGUUGCCCUUAAAAAAAUUUGGGGUAUGUGCAGAAUGUUGCAUGUGGAAGAAUUUGAAGCUCUGACACCAGUUAUUGAAUCCAGCCUUCUACAAGUGGAAAACAUGCAUGGCACAGGGAAUGCUAAAAGGAACUGGCAGCGAAUCCAGGAUCACUUCUUCUUUGCAACAUUUCAUCCGCUUGAGGAUUAUAGUCUAGAGACAAUAUUUUACACUCUUCCCCGCCUUGCGGAACUUGCUGAAGAUGAAUGGAUAUCACUCCCUAAGUUUGACAGAUUCACUGACGUUCCUCUGCCACCAGCAUUUCAGUGGUAUCAUUCUCGAAUGGAGCUUCGUGAUCUGAAACCAAGUGACUGGUCCCAGCAAGACAUGGGUUCAAAUUCAGCUGAAACAGAUAGCCAGACGGAAUGGACUGAUGUUCAGAGAAAAAUUAUACCCUGGAAAAACAGUACUCCUAGUUUAGACCUGGAAGUGGUACUUCAGGAUCGUGCUGCUAAACUUGGUAAAUCAAACAGCAGACUGAUUGUGGUGGCUUCACUUAUUGAUAAACCUACCAAUUUAGGAGGUUUAUGUCGUACAAGUGAAAUAUUUGGGGCAUCUGCACUAGUUGUCGGCAGCCUUCAUUAUAUACAGGAUAAGCAGUUUCAGCAUCUUAGUGUUUCUGCAGAGCAGUGGCUCCCCCUUCUUGAGGUGAAACCAGCUCAGCUUGUUGAUUAUUUGCAGCAGAAAAAAACGGAAGGCUACACUAUUAUUGGUGUGGAGCAGACAGCUAAAAGUUUUGAUCUUACAGAAUAUUGCUUCCCAGAGAAGUCACUAUUAUUGCUGGGAAAUGAACAUGAAGGAAUCCCAGCAAAUCUGAUUCACCAUCUGGAUGUCUGUGUGGAAAUUCCUCAGCAGGGUAUUAUUCGAUCACUCAAUGUUCAUGUAAGUGGAGCUCUGCUGAUUUGGGAGUACACAAGGCAACAAGUGAUCAAGCAAAAACAACAAAAAUAACUGCCAAGCGGUUUGUGCCUUACAGUACAGCUGGGUGACCUCCUGUGGUGCUACAACAUAAAAUUAGGAAUAGAUGAGAUACAAACUCAGGGUGAAUGAGGACUCUUAAGUUUUGCAUGUUUUGUUCUCUGUAGUGUUCAGACUGACUUUUAAAUGCCUUAAUACUUUACCUCCUUAAAUAAAACUGUUGCAUUGGAAAUAA